AUCAUAUCAAACUAGCCAGCAUGGUGUUAUCACCACCAGCAUGCUACUCAUCCCACCAAUCAACAGUCACAUAAUCACCCUCAGCUACCUCAUCUUAAACCGGGCUCAGACUGCAGAAGUUUUAAAAUCCUAACUGAUUUUGAAAGUGGAUUGCAUCAUGCAUUUAAGAAGACAAACUAACCAGGAGUCUAACAAUAUGUUAAGCUAGCAUGAAGUUUAGUGGUGAUAAUAAAAAUCAAUGUUGCUUCCUCUUUGAGUUUUACUGAAAAUGUGUCCCACUAUCUGUGAGGUUGUUUCGAUCUGCAACAUAUCAGUUCAGACACAAAGACAAAACAUCCUGAUGAAAAUGAAACUGAAUGUGCAGUUUGUGGUCUGAAGAGAACGAGAUGAACGUGUCUUCUGUCAUGUGAGUCUACAAAAUACAAGUACAAUAGGAGUGGGAGGAUCAUUUAAUAUGUUAAUUACUGUACUGACGUUACAGGAGACUAUAAAUUACCACACUUAGUCCAAGGCUCACAUUCAGUCUUUGACUUUGUUCCAGCAGGACAACAACAACAACACAGCUAUGGGAUCAAAAGGCUCUAAAUCACCUACGCCGUCUCCAUUUCUCAACACACCAUGGAGAGAAAUAAACUGGAGUGACAAACAGAGCGCUCUGCAGUAUGUGAAGAACUACAAACCUCACAUUGAAGGUCGGCAGCUCAGGAUUCUUCUUCAUGGACCAGUUGGAGCUGGAAAGUCCAGUUUCAUCAACUCUGUUAAAAGUGUCUUACGAGGCAAGAUGUGCGCACUGGCCUUGGUGGAUAGCACCUCUGCUGGCUGUUUCACCAACACGUACACAACCUACAAGAUCGAAAAGGAAACCCCGAACACCUUUCACCCUUUUGUCUUCAAUGACAUCAUGGGCCUAACCGAAGGCAAAGGUGUCCUUGUGGACGAUGUCAAACUGGCUUUGAAGGGACAUGUGAAGGAGAAUUACAAGUUCAAUCCUGAAUCUAAAUUGUCAGAAGGCGACCAAUUCUACAACGCAACAGUAAAUCCCAAUGAUACAGUGGAUGUCCUGGUUUGUGUCAUUCCUGCCGACACAGCACAUCUAAUGACAGACAAAACUCUGCGGAAGAUUCGGGAAAUCAGGACAGCAGCCAGUCGACUAGGGAUUCCUCAAGUGGCCAUUCUCACCAAAAUUGAUCAGACCUGUCCUGAGAUCAAAGAAGAUUUAAAGAUAGUCUACAAGUCCGCCGUCGUGAAGGAGGAGAUAGAGCAGUUCAGUGUGAACGCGGGAAUCCCAAUGAACUGCAUCUUCCCCGUGAAAAACUACUCUGAAGAAAUCGACCUUAACGAUGACACCGACUCACUGAUCCUGAGCGCGCUGAAACACAUCAUCAACUUUGGAGAAGACUUCAUGAACCACAAAAUGAAUCAGGCGGAAGGUUCACACGGAUAUGCUUGAAGACAACAUAAAAAAGGUUGUAUGUCAUGACAAAUGUGCUAUUAUCCAGCAGGAUUUAUACAUUAAAACAAACUACAUUAUUUGUAUUACUUUUUGCUUGUUUGUAUGCAUUAUCUAUAUGGUAUCAGAAAUUAGUUAAAAACUCUUCAUGACAACUUCGAAUGAAUUCAAUCUAUAAAGCUCAAACACCCUCCUCUGCCUCAGAGUUACAAACUGGAAUACAUCAAUGAAUCAAUGAAUUACAAUUUAGGGAUGAUUUCCAUCCAAGAGCAAGCAGUGUUGAGGCGGUACUCGUCACACCAGAAAGUCAAAUCAAAUCUGCAGGAAGCUUUAGCAGGAGGCCACCACCGCUGGGUGGUGAGGACACUGGAAGUGUUGCUGGUUUUUCAGCAGCACUUCCAGUGUCCUGCUGUGCUUGUCAGCCUUCCAGAGGAUCAGAAUUUACAUCAGGAAUGGCUCAAAUUAAUUUUUGGAGACAAACUCUAAGCUAGUGACAGCUUUUGGAAAGCAAUAUUGCACUGACUUACUAAUUUAAAACUAAAAUCAAUAUUAAUCUAAUAUAAAUAAAGUGCACUAUGUCUAUAGUACCCUUAAAAAAAGAGUUACAAGAUUCUCCUAAGAAAGAAGUUACUUUUAUUGCACAGUUUUAAAAUAAUUUUGGCACAUCAAUCUAAUGAUCAGGCCUUCAGAAACAGCCAUACAGUUACAUGUACUAAUUGAGCAUAACUUUGCUAGUUAACAUUCGCAAAGCUCACGUACAUGUGGCUUGCAGUUUAGCAUUAGGUUUAAGUUAACUGUGAAGCUUGCUUGUAUCAAUGACCACAAAAACAGUGUACCUGUUAUAUGGACUUAAGUGUUGGCUUCUAAGCUCAGCCCACCACAUCAACCUGCUGGAGCUCACAGCAGUUCAGAAGAUGUUUCUCCACUUUGCCCCAGAGCU